GGCUGGAAGAGUCGCGCGCAGACGCGGAACAGGCGUGUAGAUGGACGGAGGCUUUUAAACGGAUAACUUUCCGGGGGAGUUCACGGAUAAAUCGCAUCUGCAGAACUCUACUGUGCGUCGCCUCAGCGCGGAGGAUGUGCACGUCACUGCUCGCGUGUUUCGCCGCGCUUUUCGCCGCCGUUCACGCGUUCAGUCCGAAUGUCGACAGCGAGUUCACGUUUGUCCUGCCCGCGGGGAGUAGAGAGUGUUUCUACCAGACCACCGUCACCAACGGCAGCAUGGAGGUCGAGUACCAGGUGAUUGCUGGAGCAGGUAUGGAUGUGGAUUUCUCCAUCAUCUCACCUCAGAGGAUUCAGGUGGUCUCCGAGUUUCGCCGAUCUGACGGCGUCCACAUGGUCGAGCCCACAGAAGAAGGCGACUACCAGAUCUGCUUUGAUAACACCUUCAGCAGGUUCUCAGAGAAGAUGGUCUUCUUCGAGGUCAUCCUGGACAACCCGGCCAAUGACGCUGGAGAGGAUGAUGAGUGGGCGGGGCUAGGAGUACCCGAGAGCCUGUUGGAAUACAAGCUGGAGGACAUACGAGAGUCGAUGGAGUCCGUUCACCGGCGGUUGGAACGCAGUCGUCAGAUGCAGACGGUCCUGCGGGCGUUCGAGGCGCGUGACCGAAACCUGCUGGAGGACAACCUGUGGCGGGUCUCCUUCUGGUCCUGUGUCAACCUGAUGGUCAUGUUGAGCGUAGCGCUGACUCAGGUCUACACAGUCCGACGCCUGUUUGACGACAAACGGAAAGUCCGCUCAUAAAAACACGCCAACGUCACGCUCAGAAAAUGUGCAGAGAACUCCGUGCCUUCAUUUGUUUUAAUCGGACACCGCGUGGCUUGUUCUUCUGAUUGGACGAUUUCAUUGGACGGCACGCUUUAGCGGGAUUCGAGUGAACUGUAGCGUUAAGAUAAAAGUAGACCUCAACUGUCUGUUGGGAGUUUAAGCAAAAAAAAGCAGAGGCGAGUGCGACUGAAUUUUAUCGAAGUCAUAAAACCAUUUUGAUCAUGUUGUGUCUUUUAACUGGAUAUUUGUUCUGUUUUAGUCACGAACAUACGAGGAAACACAAGGUUCUGCUGCUUUGGGAGAUUUGUAGUUUGUUGUUUUUCAGUUGACUGUGAGAUGUUAAAGUAACAAAGGGGAUAUUCUGUACAGCUGUUUGCUUUUGUAAAGAUUUUUACACAAAUGAAAUAGAUCGUAUAUUUUUACUCGUUGUUGAUGAAUGUCGAUAGCAUUCAGUUCGCACCAGCAAAUAUAGUUCUUUAUUUUUUGCAUUGAAUAUUCUGUUUAGUACGCCACAUUGAAAUUAUGUUGGUCUAUGAAUAGGUUUUAAUAAAGUGAAUCCAAGUGAAACCUUAUU